AUGCCGGCCUGGCUGUGGGGCCUCCCUCAUGCAGCUGGGUCGGCGGUGAGGGUCACCGCUAGGGUUCUUCGGUUGAUAAGAGGCGGUAUGUAUUUACGUGCCACAGUUGGAGCAUGUGUUUGUCCGUGCCGUGUGGGCGUGUGUGUGUGUGUGUGUGUGUGUGUGUGUGUGUGUGCCCGUGGCGGUGGAUGUUUGUUUUGCCGCUCGGCUGAGCAGGCAGGCACCCAGGUCCUUCCUAGGUGGCUAGGCAAGAUCCAGAUCCCCAUGGUCAAUCCCCUUAUCUCGACAGACAGUAAGCCGCCGGGGUGUCCAGGAGAUAUGGAGAGGCGCCAGAUAUCAAACGUCAGUCUGUGA